AAACGACAGAGGGCUACACUCUCCGUUCUCAUUUCUAACAGCUGAGUUCUGCUAAACCCCUAAAACCCUCUCAUGGACUCGAGACUAUUCUCCCUCCUAAGGCAAUCUAUCCAACAGUGCCCACAAUCCCUAAUCCGAAAAAACCCCAUUUCAAAUCGGACAUACUACACCAGCAGGUACGGCAAAAUCAGCUUGUACAACAAGAUCAGUCCUCUCGGAGACCCUAACACAAGCGUUGUCCCGGAGCUGGACAAUUGGGUCCAAAAUGGGAACAAGGUUCGGGUGGCUGAGCUCCAACGCAUCAUUCACGAUCUCCGCAAGCGCAAGAGGUUCUCUCAGGCCCUAGAGAUUUCAGAGUGGAUGAGUAAAAAAGACAUAUGUGCAUUUUCACCAACUGAACAUGCCGUGCAGUUGGAUCUGAUUGGUAGGGUUCGCGGUUUUCUUUCUGCAGAAAGCUAUUUCAACAAUUUGCAGAACCACGAUAAAACUGAUAAGACAUAUGGCGCCCUCCUAAAUUGUUAUGUCCGACAGCGCCAAACUGAUAAGUCCCUCUCCCACUUGCAGAAAAUGAAGGAGAUGGGCUUUGCAUCAUCACCUCUCACUUACAAUGACAUCAUGUGCCUCUACACAAAUGUUGGCCAGCAUGAGAAGGUCCCUGAUGUGCUAACUGAGAUGAAGCAGAGCAAUGUUUACCCUGACAACUUCAGCUACAGAAUCUGCAUCAAUUCUUAUGGUGCACAAUCUGAUAUCCAGGGAAUGGAAAAAGUUUUGAAAGAAAUGGAGAGACAACCUCAUAUUGUCAUGGAUUGGAACACCUAUGCUGUUGCAGCCAAUUUCUACAUAAAAGCAGGCCUGCCAGAUAAGGCAAUUGAAGCCCUGAAGAAAUCAGAGGAGAGGCUAGAUAAGAGAGAUGGGCUUGGUUAUAACCAUCUGAUCUCACUCUAUGCAAGUCUGGGAAAUAAGGCUGAGGUGUUGAGAUUGUGGACUCUCGAGAAAAGUACUUGUAAGAGGAAUAUAAACAGGGAUUAUAUUACCAUGCUGGAAUCCCUGGUAAGGCUUGGUGAGCUUGAAGAAGCUGAGAAAGUGCUGAGGGAAUGGGAGUCAUCUGGCAACUGUUAUGAUUUUCGAGUGCCAAACAUCGUCAUUAUCGGUUAUUCUGAAAAGGGUUUGUUUGAGAAAGCAGAAGCAAUGCUCAAAGAACUGAUGGAGAAAGGAAACAUAACCACCCCAAACAGUUGGGGAACAGUGGCUUCUGGGUAUAUGGAUAAGGGAGAGAUGGAGAAAGCUGUGGAGUGCAUGAAGGCAGCUAUCUCUUUGCAUGUGAACAAUAAAGGAUGGAAGCCUAAUUCUAGGGUAAUUGCAGGCAUAUUGAGUUGGCUUGGUGAUAAGGGCCGUGUGGAAGAUGUAGAAGCUUUUGUGGGGUCACUGAGAAUUGUUAUCCCAAUGAACAGACAGAUGUAUCAUACCUUGAUCAUGGCAAAUAUCAGGGCUGGUAAAGAAGUGGAUGGGCUUUUGGGCAGCAUGAAAGCUGAUAAAAUAGUUGAAGAUGAAGAAACCAAGAAGAUCCUUGGCACAAAGCAGAACAAAAUUUAACAAUCCACAUUCUGUAUUAUUUUAGUUCCAUUGAACUAUUAUGCAUGAUUUUCUUGCUUUCCCAUUCAGGGCCCUGGUUUCUUGCUGAUUUGGAAUCAGAAUGUCCAAGAAGAAUGGAAUUGUGGCACAGCAGUCAGUUUCUCUACGUUAAUAUAGUAAUCAAAGAGCACUUCUUCAGUUGUGCUUAUGAGAUGAGGAAUUGAGGA